AUGGAGCACGGCUGCCGCCCCUCUCUGCUCUGCAGUAUCCCCUCCCUGCUUCUCCUCGCCCAGCUGCCCACGUGGGGCUCUGCAGCCUGUGUCUCUCAGCUGAGAGUCUAUUCUGUGUCCACAGAUGAUUUCCUGGUGAUUGGCCCCUCAGAACCCAUUGUGGCCAUGUUGGGUGGUGAUGCCACUCUGCUCUGUUACCUGGCCCCACCAAUGAACGCAGAGGACAUGGAGCUACGGUGGUUCCGCACGAAGUUCUCAGAAGCAGUGUUAGUUUAUCGGAACCACCAGGAGCAGCAUGAGGAGCAGAUGCCUCAGUACGCAGGGCGGACCUCGCUGGUGAGGGAUUUCUUAACCCACGGGCAGGCUGCUCUGCACAUCCAGAAAGUCCAGGCUUCAGAUAACGGGAAGUACACCUGCUUCUUCCAGAAGGGAAGCCACUAUGAAGAGGCCACUCUAGAACUCAAGGUGGCAGGCCUGGGCUCUGCCCCUCAAGUGCACAUCGAAGGGCUGGAGAAGGAUGGGUUCCGCAUGGUGUGCAAGGCCUCGGGCUGGUUCCCAAAGCCCCAGGUGCAGUGGACAGACCUCAGCGGGAAGAAGUUCCUGGAGUUCUCUGAGGCCCAUGCCCAGGACACAGCAGGGCUGUUCAGCGUGGAGGCAGCUCUGGUGGUGAGAGACAGCUCUGCAGGGAGUGUGAGCUGCUCCGUCCUCAAUCCCAUCCUGGGCCAGGAGAAGGCGAUGGCCGUGUCCAUCCCAGAGCCUUUCUUCCCACAGGCCUCUCCCUGGAAGGCAGCUUUCACCGUGAGCCUGACUGUGCUGGUGCUCCUGCUCUUUGGGGCUGGCUGCUUCACCAGGAGAGAGCACUCCGCAAAGGUGCAGGAGAGGCAGAAAUGGGAGAAGCUGCGCCGGGCUAAGGAGGAGGACCAGCGGGCAAAGGAGGAGGCACUGAAGGCCAGAGGUAGGAGGAAGACAGCUUACCUGGCUGGUGAGUGA